UUUUUUUCAAGAGGGCUAACAAGAAACUGAGAACAAGUACCUAUUUGUUUUUAAUGCAUUGUUUGCUAAAUGCAGGCUUGUGCUCCGGAACCAGUGUCCGUAGUGUCUGCGGUACUACUACGACAGAAUUCGUUGACGGACUGUAUACAAACCAGCGUGUGCGUGACCUGAAAAUUGUCUUAGAAUAAAUGUAAAUGUCAAUUGAUAACAGCGCUCGUGCAGCUUACCAACCGUACUAAAUACAUUGAUAUUUGUGUAGCUAACGAAAUAGCUAGAUAUUAGCGCUUCCAACUGGGCUAGCUAACUCACGGAUUACUGCCACGUUAGGUGCAGGGGACACCACAUAUGACAUCCAAGUCUCCCUCAUGCUGAUUGGAAAAGCCUGCAGAUUUGGUGGACGUGUCAGGUCUUGCGUAGUCAAAUCCUUGGUCCGUCUUUUUACCAGUUCCAGCAACAUGGCAAAGAGCAAGUUUGAGUACGUCCGCAACUUUGAAACAGAUGACACAUGUCUAAGAAACUGCUACAUUGUUGUGAGACUGGAUGGGCGCAACUUCCACAAGUUUGCAGAGCAGCACAAGUUUACAAAGCCCAAUGAUAACAGGGCGUUGGGCCUGAUGACCCAGAGUGCACGCUCUGUCAUGGCAGAACUCGAGGAUAUUGUCAUCGCUUAUGGUCAAAGUGAUGAGUUCAGCUUUGUUUUCAAGAGGACCUCCACCUUGUUUAAGAGGAGAGCCAGUAAGCUCAUGACCCAUGUGGCCUCCCAGUUCUCCUCCUCAUAUGUGUUUUACUGGAAGGAGUUUUUCGGGGAACAGCCCCUCUUGUACCCCCCAGGUUUUGAUGGACGUGUGGUCCUGUAUCCGAGCAACCGCAACCUCAGAGACUACCUCAGCUGGAGGCAAGCAGAUUGUCACAUUAAUAAUUUGUACAACACAGUAUUUUGGACAUUAGUACAGAAUGGAGGACUCACCACAGCCCAAGCAGAGGAUCGCUUAAAGGGAACAUUAGCUGCAGACAAAAAUGAGAUCCUGUUCUCUGAGUUUGAUAUCAACUACAACAAUGAAUCUGCCCUCCACAAGAAAGGCACCACUCUCAUCUGGGAAAAACGAGACGAAACUGUCACUAAACGCAUGAAGCUGCCAAAUGAAGAGGAGAAGGACGUGCCCGUGACUCGCAGCAGGAGGAGGGUGCAGGCCUACCACUGUGACAUUAUAGGGGACCAGUUCUGGGAGGAACACCCAGACAUCCUGGAGGAUGACAACUGCUAACAGGAGGACAAAUGCAGAGCUGAGUCAAGCCAGGCCCGGGUUGAAGUGGACCCAUACAAGCAGUGGACAGAUGAUAAAACAGCUUGAUAGUGACUUGUGUGUCAAACAUGCUACCCAUGAAGCUUAGUAUCUUUGAAUCCCUUGAAAGAGCAUUUCCUGAGACUGAAGCCCUUGACAGUUGACUUUGUAUGAUGACUCUCUCACAGCCGGAACACAUUCUGACGUUCAAAUAUUAAACGUCUACCAUAACUUUCCUUUAAAAAGUAGGAAGUGUUGUGCUUAAAGUGCGUGAUGAUGACUGUCAUGUUCAAAUAGUGUCACACUGUACAUGUCCUCAUUUGAUAUCAUGAAUGACAUUUAGAAUACUACCAUCCCUUGAGCUUUCAGCAUGUUAAACAUGAAGCCUCUUGGCCAACAGUUUUUUUUUGCUGAGGGGAUUUUAUUUUAGAAUUCACUGUUUGCAGUCGGACUUCCCGAAUCAAUAAAAUUCAGAGUGUUAAAUAUCA